AACUUGUGAGUUUGUUGAAGAUUCUUUACCACAGAACUAUCAGACUAGUUCAUGAUAAAACAUAACUUGCUUUUUUGAGAUUAACAAUAUAGAAUUGCUUUUGGCGAUAUUUGACUGGUAUCGUCUUGUUUCAAGAAAAGAAGUUCAGCAAAACAGGAAUAGUUUGUGUGAAUUUUGAAUCCUGAUUUAGAGAAUCGAAUACAAGAAUGGUUCAAGUUGUCAUCUCGAGUAAUGCUGGUGAGGGUCUCGCUGAAUGGCUUCUGGUGGAGCUGCAGGGAGAAGUGAUGUCCAGGCAGAACACUGGACUAGCUGGACAUCUGAUGGGAGACCUUCACUACACCAAAGAGGGUGUACCUGUGUUAAUAGUUGGACAUCACAUUCUCUACGGUAAGCAGGUUAAACUCGAGAAGCCCUUUGCUGUUCUGAUGAAACAUUCUGGUGUCUCCCAGGAUGCUGAGGUAACCAUGGAAACUAACCAGGACAGACCAACUUCUUACACUGUCUCGGCCCUCAUCAAAAAGAAACUUAUCUUUAAAAACCGACCUAAACCAAUCAUCACUAAUGUGCCAAAGAAAGUGUGACCAAUGGGCAGAAAUCAAGCAUACCUGUCAAAGAGACACCUGGAGUUUGUUCGCUCUUCUGCUGGAUUUGCAGUGGUCUGAUUAUGUAUUUAUCUGUAUUUGUGAGUACUGGUGAACAACACAUAGCUGUAGUGUUUGAGGUUGCUGUGUGCAAAAAGUUUGGAAAUAUAAGAAUGAAAUGAAUGUGGUGGAUUAGUAUUUUGUGUAGAUUAAUUGUCAACAGAUGCAGUGGAUAUAUUUGUUAUGGAGAAGAGUAAUGUGUUACCCCUUGGGUGAUUUUGACAACGAUAAAUAAAAUAGACAUUUUUAAAACA